AUGGCUUCUCGGUAUGACAGGGCAAUCACCGUCUUCUCUCCGGAUGGACACCUUUUCCAAGUGGAGUAUGCUCAGGAAGCUGUGAAGAAAGGCUCCACCGCGGUUGGAAUUCGAGGAACUAAUAUAGUUGUGCUUGGGGUAGAAAAAAAAUCAGUGGCUAAACUUCAAGAUGAAAGAACUGUGAGAAAAAUAUGUGCCCUCGAUGACCAUGUCUGCAUGGCUUUUGCAGGUCUGACGGCUGAUGCUCGGGUGGUUAUAAACAGAGCGCGGGUGGAGUGCCAGAGCCAUAAGCUUACUGUGGAGGACCCGGUCACCGUGGAGUACAUAACGCGCUUCAUAGCGACGUUGAAGCAGAAAUAUACACAGAGCAAUGGACGAAGACCUUUUGGUAUUUCAGCCUUAAUUGUAGGAUUUGAUGAUGAUGGAAUCCCAAGAUUGUAUCAGACAGAUCCCUCCGGAACUUACCAUGCUUGGAAGGUUGUCCAGUCUGCUGGAAAGAACAUUGAACUGGCUAUAAUCAGAAGAGAUCAACCUUUGAAGAUGUUUAGUGCCAAAGAAAUUGAAUUGCAGGUGACUGAAAUAGAAAAAGAAAAGGAGGAAGCAGAGAAGAAAAAAUCAAAGAAGUCAACCUAGUUGUUGGGUUGAGCUCGGGAUUUGUUUGGAUUAGAAUUUCUUCCUGAGGUUUUAGAAGAAAUGUCAGUUGGAACCAUAUGUUUUCAUAUGUCUAUUUUCAAGAGUGUUAGGUUUGAAGUUGUCUUCAAACAUAGGUUAAUGUGAAGAUUUUCCUUAAAACUCCUCAAUUUCACACAAGCCUGAGACUAUACUGUGACACUAGACCAAUAUGUUGCUUUUCUUCAUACAAGCAAAUUCUGAAAAGAAGAUGAUUUUAAAAGUUGGUAAUUUUUUGAAGUUUGUGUCUUC